AUGGUCAAAAUAACGUCUUUUGUUACACUCGGCCUGGCUGUUUGCACAGCAGCGUCAGUGACGGGAAAUAAUACAAAGCCCAAAUACAAGGAUGCGUCGGCACCAGUGGAGGAGAGGGUUUCCGAUCUCUUAUCCCGAAUGACUAUUGAAGAAAAGACAGCCCAAUUAAUCCAAGGCGAUAUUUCAAAUUGGAUGAACACUACAACUGGAACCUUUAAUCGGUCAGGCCUUGUCGACAACAUGAAGAUAAAAGCUGGUAGUUUCUAUGUUGGAUAUCCUUCACCAACUUCAUGGAUUGUAGAAAACAUCAAAAAUGGCCAAGAUUAUCUCCUCAAUCAGACAAGGUUGGGGAUUCCAGCUAUUGUUCAAUCUGAGGGAAUCCAUGGAUUCUUAUUGUUGAAUGCAACAAUCUUCAACUCGCCAAUUGGCUAUGCUUCUGCGUGGGAUCCGGAGGUACAAUCUACCCGCAAUAAUAUUGCGAUGUUGGUUCAAGAAAUGGCCAAGGUUAUCGCCCGUGAAGCUGCUGCUAUUGGUGUCAACCAGGUCUUUGCUCCAGUCGCCGAUGUGGCCAGAGAGCUGCGCUAUGGAAGGGUAGAGGAGUGCUUUACCGAGGACCCCUAUUUAUCUGGUGAAAUGUCGUACUCGGUGGUUACCGGCUUACAGAGCCUAAAUGUGUCUGCCACAGUGAAGCAUUUCCUCGGCUAUGCAGCGCCGGAGCAAGGGCUGAAUACAGGCCCAGUGCACGGGGGCGAAAGAGAGCUUCGUACGACUUGGAUGCCAUCCUUCAAAAGAGCAAUUGUGGAUGCCGGUGCCUGGGGGAUCAUGGGAGCCUAUCAUUCGUACGAUGGUCUCCCAGCGGUAACGGAUAGCGAAAUGCUCACUGAUCUCUUGCGGGGAGAAUGGAAUUAUAAGUACUGGGUCAUCAGUGACUCUGGUGCAACGGACCGAGUAUGCACUGCAUUUAGAAUGUGCGAGACGAAUCCCAUCGAUUCUGACGCGGUAACUUUGGCUGUUCUGCCUGCCGGCACAGAUGUCGAGAUGGGUGGCGGCUCUUUUAACUUCGAACAAAUCCCAAAGCUUGUUAGUGAGGGCCGACUAGAUAUAGCAACGGUCAACACCGCUGUAUCGCGGAUAUUGAGGACCAAGUUUGAAAUGGGUCUCUUUGAACAACCCUACCCUUCUUCCGUCGCAAACCAUUCGUGGUCCUCCCUAAUUCAUACGCCUGAAGCGGUUGAGCUAGCACGUACUCUUGAUCGAGAGUCAAUUAUUCUCCUGGAGAACCACAACAACAGUCUGCCUCUGAAGAAAAGCGGUAGCAUUGCAGUUAUUGGGCCAAUGGCUCAUGGAUUUAUAAAUUAUGGUGACUACGUCGUGAAUGGAAGCCAGUAUCAUGGCGUGACACCAUUGGACGGCAUCAAGGCAGCUGUUGGAGACUCAGCAACCAUUAAUUAUGCACAAGGAUGUGAACGCUGGAGUAACAACCAGUCUGGAUUUCCAGAGGCCGUAGCGGCAGCCAAAAAAUCCGACGUUGCAGUUGUCGUUGUUGGCACAUGGUCCAGGGAUCAAUAUGAGCUCUGGGCUGGAUACAAUGCGACAACUGGGGAGCACGUGGAUGUUAACAGCUUAAAUCUUGUUGGAGCACAAGCUGACCUCGUCCGCGCCAUUGCUGACACUGGCAUUCCCACCGUUGUUAUCUUCUCUUCAGGAAAACCGAUCACGGAGCCAUGGAUUGCGAAUAGCACUUCUGCCCUCGUUCAACAAUUUUAUCCAUCCGAGCAAGGCGGUAAUGCUCUUGCAGAUGUCCUUUUUGGCGAUUAUAACCCGUCUGGCCGGCUUUCGGUCAGCUUUCCCUACGACGUUGGUUCUCUUCCCGCGUAUUAUGAUUAUCUCGCUUCUGGCAGGGCUAUUGGAGACUCAGGACAUGUCGAUGCCAACGGGACCAUUGCUUUUGGACAUCAAUAUGUGAUUGGCACGCCAGAGCCAUGGUACCCGUUCGGGUAUGGAAAGUCAUACUCGACAUUUUCAUAUUCAGGCCUGUCUUUGAAUAAAGCCAAUGCUACUGUCUCUGAUACCAUUACCGCGGAGGUGCAAGUUACCAAUACGAGCCCCGUGGAUGGUAAAGAAGUGGUCCAACUCUACGUUGUAGAUAACAUCGCCAGCGUCGACGUUCCGAACCGAAGACUAAAGGGAUUCAAAAAGGUGGCCAUCAAGGCUGGAAAAAAGGCGACGGUGCAGAUAAAUUUUGCAGUUAAAGAUCUAGGCUUGUGGAAUCGCAAAAUGCAGUACACCGUAGAGCCCGGCCAGUUCACUAUCCAAAUUGCAAGGAGUGCGACCGAUAUCAUCGGGAACGCGACAUUGUACGUAUCUUAA